CAACCAGAGCACCCAGCAGUCAGGUUCGUUCCUGAUCGUUUCGCAAACCUCUGCGGCUGCGGCAGAUCGAUCCACCGGCGGCCGGAGAAGAUGCCGGUAAAGGUGUUCGGGUCGCCGGCGUCGUCGGAGGUGGCGCGCGUCCUGACCUGCCUGUUCGAGAAGGACGUCGAGUUCCAGCUCAUCCGCGUCGACUCCUUCCGCGGGCCCAAGCGCAUGCCUCAGUACCUCAAGCUCCAGCCGCACGGCGAGGCGCUCACCUUAGAGGACGGCAACGUCACCCUCGUCGAGUCGAGGAAGAUCCUGCGGCACAUCGCGGCCAAGUACAAGCACCAGGGGUACAAGGACCUGUUCGGCCAGGGCGCGCUGGAGCGGGCCUCCAUCGAGCAGUGGCUGCAGACGGAGGCGCACAGCUUCGACAUCCCCAGCGCUGACAUGGUCUACAGCCUCUCCUACCUGCCGCCGGACAUGCCGCUCGACGGCAGGGGCGUGCCCGCGGCCGGGAUGCACCCGUCGCACCGGCAGAAGAUGGAGGAGAUGCUGCAGCUCUUCGAGAAGAGCCGCAGGGACCUGGGCAAGCUGCUGGACAUCUACGAGCAGCGCCUCGGCGAGAUGGAGUACCUGGCGGACGACAAGUUCACGCUCGCUGACCUCUCGCACCUGCCCAACGCCGACCGCCUCGCCGCGGACCCGCGCUCGGCGCGCCUCAUCGAGUCGCGCAAGAACGUCAGCAGGUGGUGGUACACCAUCUCCGGCCGCGACUCCUGGAAGAGGGUCAAGGAGCUGCAGCGCCCGCCGUCCGCGGAGGCGCCGUUCUGAGCCCGGUCGCGAGCGGCCCGUGGCCAUUGUUCAUCGUGCUUCUGCUGUUCCUGGUUUCUGCAAAUUCCCACUGUUCUGAAUGAAUAAACACUGCCUGGCUGCGUCAGUGGCCGUUGUUCGUCGUGUAAUAAAAUCGUAGUGCAAGAGAAUGCUGCCCCUUUUCAUGAUAUUGAAUCGAACUGGCCUUCAUUGCCUUGAAGUUUUUUC